AUGAGCACGCCGAUAAGGAAACCAUCGCCGCUAAAUCCAUACAACGUCACACCUUCCAAGCCACGCUAUUCUACGCCUCUCAAAACGCCAUUGACCAGAUUCGCUGGUGGUGUUGGUGCAUCUAGCCCGGCUAGCACAGCGAGCACCCCGAUGAGCAGCCCAACAAAUAGCACACCAAAGCGGAAGAGAUUUAUCAGGAAACAACCGCUUAAAGAUCGCAUUCUGCAAUGGCCAUCAAAUACACUACUCAAGUUGUACAUGGAUUGGGAUGUAGCUCAUAUGAUUGACUCUCCAAAGGUCGCCAGACCUCUCGGUUUACUCCUCCACUUACUCUCUUUCCUCGUGAAAUAUGCCUCAAUAACCAAACAGCAGAAACAAUCUGUGCUGAAAAAAGGCACCUCAGCUGCUUAUCGUGCAUCGGCUUUGAGAAAAUCUAAGAUGACAGUUCCGUGGGCGCCUGUUCUGGCAGUAAUCCUUCUCUCUGCCACUGCAAUCAAUACUUAUACCCUAUUUACUAAAUACAGGGCUUAUAGGAUGUUCAUGCGUAGAGACCCACUUUCAUCACCAAACGCUCGUAAAGUUCAACUUGAUCUUAAUUUAGACCAGAGUCGCGAAGGAACGCCUGAAAUUGAGCGUAGGAAGACAGUUGGCGACUCGUUGGUAAUGGUCGUCGGUUUUGUGUGGAAAUACUUUAUCCUCCUCAUAUGGAGACCAUUACUCAUCCUGAUCGGUAUACCACUCAAGAAGCAGGACAAGAAUGAAGCGCUGCGAGAUGGACAGACGGAGAUCUAUCAGAUAGAUAUGUGGGAUGUGAAUGAUGGCUCGUUGGCAUUAUUUGAGAUUUACUCUCCAGCACACGCGCUCUGCUGGAUAUUUCUCAACGCGUCAAAUUGGAUCUACCUGAUAUUGAUAAUGGUCGCGCUUUGGAGUCAAAUACAUGUCAUGGUGGACAAGUACACGCAGCUACUCAAGGAUAAAUUAAUAGUUCAAGGGGAAGUGAUGCAUGAGUACAAUGAAUCGUUUGUCCAUCCACGCGUCUUUAAAGCUACGAGGGAUGCCAGUGUACAGACGGAAGAAUAA